AUGAGCGAUCCAACAAAGAAACAGGAUUUUGAAAACGGAGUCAUCGUGGAAUUGCCGACAUUGACUACACCUAGCUACAUCCAAACAGUGGUUGGGAAAGGGUCAAGUCUGUCCGACGACUUGGAUGAGUUCAGAGGCAUCCCUUUUGGAGAGGUGAACAAGAGAUGGGAACAUGCAAAACUCCGUACUCAUCUUCCUCACAAUGUAUUUGAUGCAACCAAUGAUGGGCGUGUUCUAGACCAAAAUGCCCUCAACCCCGCGAUCCGUCCCAGUACAUCUGGGUUAUCCCGCGCGGGAAUUAAAGCACCAGCCAAGCUCCCUGUUCUAGUCUGGAUCCAUGGCGGCGGUGGCGCGUUCGGUGCGAACAGCGAUCCUAUCACUGACCCUGCCCGUGUCGUGCUUCGGUCUCUGGAAAUUGGGACUCCUUUCAUCGCAGUCAACCUAAACUAUCGGCUCAAUGUGUUUGGAUGUCUCGGCUCGACCGAUAUUCUGAACACUCAAGAUCAAGCCGAGUUCAAGGGCCUUAAUUUUGGUACAUAUGACCAGAAAGUUGGCUUGACUUGGGUGGCGCGUAAUAUUGCGCAGUUUGGUGGUGAUGCGGAGCAAAUUACGCGGGGUGGUCAUUCAUCAGGAUCUCAUUCUGUGCAUGCACACAUUCUCGAUGCCGAGGCGAAGCCCGAGAAACCCCUUUUUAAGAGAGCUUUCAUGCAAUCGGGUGCUCAGUCAACGGUGACACCCAGGCCGCUCGUAGAGGCCGAGAAAAACUGGGACAAGCUGUGCCAACACUGGGGUAUCGAGGAUGGAAGCAGCAGUGAGAUUAAAGUGGAAGCGCUGCGCCAUAUCUCAGCGGAGUCCAUACUCGAGUCUGCUCUCGAGAACAAGAUAUUCAUGAUGCCACCUAUCGCUGAAGACCUGACUAUGACAAUGGAGACUGUGGCACUACCCCACGUAGAUUUGCACCAGGAGGCCAAACCUGUUGACUAUAAGCCCAUUGAGAUCAUGAUAGGCACAUCUGACGUCGAGUCAGCUGGCAACUUCCAGGAUGAUGUUGACCUCAAAAAGUUGCAAGAAUUAUUCGCCCAAAGUUACCCAUCGGCUAAGGCAGGCGCAGAAGUUCUGGAAGCCUACGACGCCGUCUUCGAUCUAUCUGUCUAUCGCACACGCGACUCACUAAGUGCACAACGCGGCAUUGAGUACGGUAACGCUGCUACGAUACAGCCAUACAACAUCGAGUUUGGAAAUCCGUUUCCCGGACCGAAGAGAGGGUGUGCGCAUCACGCUGUCGAGCUGAUAUAUCAGUUCGAUGCGUUCCAUGACGCUCUUGUCAGUGUGGAUAACGAUGUCUUUACCCCAUACGCAGCAUCCUCCGUGAAAGCCUAUACGGAGAAAGAAACAGAAAAUUCGGAGCAGAAGAUGACUGCCGAUCAGGAGGUGUGCGCAGUUAGUCAUCUCGAUAUGGUACAUAAAUUCCAGGACUACUGGAUUGGUUUCAUUGUUGGGAAUCCUGUUCAAAAGGUUGCUGAAGGUGAAAUACUCAUAUGGGAAAAGGACGGAUCCACGAGGAUCGAGCGACUGGCAGAAACCCCAAAGUGGGUGGAGAGAAUCGGCCAGCUUAGGAUCCUUGAGAAGGACAUUGAGUCAAUUCUAAAGGUGGUCUAUGCCCUUUAA